AUGUCAAACACAAACACCAUUUCAGAUACACAAAACACAACUCAAGACCAAGAAGAUGAAGAACUAUUGGUAGUGUUCAACAAUGAAGAUGUGAAGGAAGGCUUACAAGGAUGCAAAAAUAGCUUAAUAGGAAGAUUACUGACUGAAAAAAACAUCAACAGCGCAUGGAUACAAUCUGCAAUGCAGAACAUUUGGAAGAAACCAGAAGGUCUGAGAAUAGUAGAGUUAAAGCCAAAGAUCUACCAAAUUUUUUUCCAGAAAGAGACAGACUUAGAUAGAGUGCUGAAGGGGAGCCCAUGGAAUUUUAGAAACUCAUGGUUUCUCUUAAAGAAGUGGGAUAGAAGUGAGGAUCCAGUAGAGAAAGGACUAGAUAAAGCUGACAUCAAGGUGCAAAUAUGGAACUUACCUGAGCACUGCAAGACUACAAGGUUAGGGUGGAAGAUAGCCUCUGCUUUGGGUGUUGUUAAAGAGCGUGAUGUUUUUGAAAACACAAGAGACCAAGUGCGCUUCAUAAAAGCCAUAGUAACUCUUAACACAAACAAACCCAUCCUAAAAGGGGCGAAUAUUGGCAGCAAGGAAGAUGGGUUGAUCUGGACAGAUUUCAAAUAUGAAAAGUUGCCAAACUUCUGUUACUACUGCGGGCUGAUAGGGCAUGAGAAAAGUAAUUGCCAACAAGCAAUAGAUGACGAGGAAAAGGGAGAGAACAAAUCUAAAGAGCUGGGGUCCUGGUUGAAAGCCGAUUUGAUAGGAAGCAUAGUGAAAGUAGUGAAAAAUCAACAAAACAGAGACUCAGAGGAAAGAAAGAAAAAAAACACAAUGUCCCAGCAAAGGCUUACCGCAAGAAUGCUAGAAAAGUUGGAGAAAUUAACAAUGACAGAUAUACCAGAGCCAUCUAACAGUAAGGGAAAGGAGGCAGAACAAUUACAAUACAACCAAGAACAGAGAGUAGGGAUAGAACAAGAAGAAACAGAAGAAAUCCCUUUAACACUAGUGAAACAAGUAAGCAACACACCACAGACGAUGGCCAUUGAAUCUGUACCAGAAAAAGCAGAACAAAAAAAUAGCACAGAGAACAUAGAAGAAGAAGCAAAGAGGAAAGAAACAAAGAAGAAAGAGAUCAAGGAGCAAAAAAGAGAGUUUACUCCAACAGUUUUGGAAGAGGUCACCAGUACAAAGACAGCAAAGGAGACAACAAAACAAGGAAACAAAACUUGGAAGAGGCAAGCAAGACAAAUGGCAGCAACAACAAAAAAUGAAAAAGAGAAUGCAGACUUUGGACAGCAAAAGAGGAAGGCACUAGAGGCUGAGAAGAUAGAAAUUGAUAGUACUGAGGUGAAGAUGAUAAAAAUUAACGCAGAACCCAUACUUCUAACGGCAGAGGCUGCUCAGCAGCCCUGUCGAAGGCCAUGA